AUGGCUGGUAGUGGCACGCCGGAGGAGUUCCUGGGGCAGCAGCUGGGUUUCCUAGCGCGUCUGGAGCCGCCGUCCCCGUCCCUCUUCGUCGACCUGCCGCCGACGCCCCAGUGCGAGGAGGACGGGGACUCCUCCUUCGACGACAUGGUGCUCCCCUACAUCUCGCGCCUGCUCAUGGAGGAGGGCACGGACGACCACUUCUUCCUCUACCCCGACCACCCCGCGCUCCUAAGGGCGCAGCUGCCCUUCGCCCAGAUCCUCGUCGACGCCAUCCAAAGCGCCAGCGGCUCCGCCUCCACCUCCACGCUCUCGCCGUCCUCCUCCUCCUCUGACGGCGACGCCACUGCCUCCCCCACCCGCAGCACUGCAUCGCCGUACGACGCAGUCCAGAUCUCCUGGUCGCCCGCUGCCACGGGAUCCCCUGACACCCAGAGCUCAGCGCUCCUCAACGGCGAAACUGAGCAGCCCAGCCUCGGCUCUGGCUUCUUUGAUGGGAAUGGCCUGUUGUCCGGCGACAAGGACAUGCUCAACUUGGCCUUCCUCAAAGGAAUGGAGGAGGCAAGAAAAUUCUUGCCGCCCAAUAGCAGCCUCACAGUCGACAUUGGCUCCACCUUCGCAGUGACGGAGGAGGAUAGAGUGCCUGCAGGUGGUGGCCUCAAGAAAAGGAGGGACAUGCUGGAACCGGAGGCCAGCAGAGCCACCAAAUUGAUGAUGCCAGAGCAGGAGGAGGAUGGUGCACGCGAGCUGUUCGAUGAAAUGAUGUUCCAGGAGCAAGAGAUAUGCAUGAAGGGGGUUCAGCAGCUGUGCAUCCCCAUGGAUGGCUCUAGCCGGAAGGGGAGUGGGAAGAGGGGAAGGCCGAGAAAGAACCCGGUUCAUAGUGAGAUGGUGGACCUGCACACGCUGCUGUUGCACUGCGCCGAGGCGCUGUCCACCGACAACCGCCGCGGCGCGAGCGAGCUGCUGAAGCGGAUCAAGCACAACUCAAACCCCCUCGGGGAUGCGGCGCAACGGCUGGCGUAUUAUUUCGCCGAGGGGCUGGAGGCACGACUGGCAGGUAGGGGAAGCGAGCUGUACCAGUCGCUAAUGGUGAGGCGCACAUCGGCUACGGACUUCCUCAAGGCCAACCAGCUUCUCAUGGCAGCUUGCUGCUGCAAGAAGGUGGCGUUCGUCUUCGCCAACAAGACCAUCUGCAAUGCCGUGGCAGGGAGGGGACGGUUGCACAUUGUGGACUAUGGUCUCAAUCAAGGAUUCCAGUGGCCUGGCUUGCUGCGCGUGCUGGCGGCUAGAGAAGGUGGACCUCCGGAGGUGAGGAUCACCGGCAUUGAUCUCCCUCAACCUGGGUUUCGUGGAUCCUAUCACAUUGAGGAGGUGGGGCGCAGGCUCAGCAACUUUGCCCGUGUGUUCGGUGUGCCGUUUAAGUUUCAUGGUAUCGCAGCAAAGCUGGAGACUGUCAAGCCCGAGGACUUGAACAUCGACCGGGAUGAGGUGCUUGUGGUGAUUAGUCUUUGCCAUUUCAGGCUUCUGAUGGACGAAAACCUCGGCUUUGAUAGUCCGAGCCCCAGGGAUCAGGUUCUCAACAAUAUUAGGGAGAUGCGCCCAGAUGUAUUCAUCCACGGGAUUUUGAAUGGCUCGUACGGUGCUACAUACUUCCUGACACGGUUCAGGGAGGCGCUGUUCCACUAUUCUGCACAAUUUGACCUGCUGGAUGCGACCGUCCCCCGGGACAACAACGGACGUCUGCUGCUUGAGCGCGAUAUCAUUGGCCGAUCUGCCUUGAAUGUCAUCGCAUGUGAGGGUGCAGACCGGGUGGAGCGCCCUGAGACAUACAAGCAGUGGCAACUCCGGAACCACCGGGCUGGGUUGAGGCAGCUUCCGUUGAACCCAGAGGUUGUUAAGCUUGUGCUGGACAAGGUCAAGGACAGCUACCACAAAGACUUCGUUGUUGAUGGGGAUCAGCGGUGGUUGCUGCACAGGUGGAAGGGGCGUGUGCUCUAUGCCUGGUCAGCCUGGAUUGCAGACAAUGCCAGCUAGCUUCUUUCUCGAUCUAACUUUGAUUCUAGACUUCGAUUGAUCUAUCCAUGUUUAUACUUAGCUCAACGCCCAUGUUGUAGUAACUUCCACGGUGCCAUGAGGUAGUAAGUUACUUCUAUGGUGACCCAGAGCUUGAUGACACAAGUUUUUAUUUCAAAACCACUUGAUUAUGCUCAUCAUGGAUCACGAAGCUUUAGGGGUGGAACUUCUGUAAGUUAGAAAUCUGCAGAAUGCAGUAAUGUCUAUACAUUCAUGAGCUGGCACUGAAUUCGAUGCUUUGGCUAUUGUAUUGCUGCGGAUUUGUAACAAUGUUCCAAAAGGCCUGUAGAAUUUAUGAGUUCAUGUUGUCAAAUUGUGUUGGCAUGUCCCUUUGGGCCUGUGUAGAGUAAUCAGAUGUGUGUUGAAGCCGUAAAGUUGUACUGGCUAGUGGCUAGUCAGAGUUGAUGUGCACUCAUUCUUAUAAUUCUCUGCACG